UUUUUCAGUAGUAGCUAUAUAUAGCUAAUAAACCUGCUACGGAUCAGCCUUUUAGCAGAGCUAGUGCUGAGGAAGACUGACGAUCUAGCUUUGACUUCUCCGCUACCCGCGCACUGACUGCACACAAGAGAUGCACGAGAGGAUAAGGACAGUAUAUGACGCCCUCCAAAAGGGCACUAUUGUCAUCCUAGCUGUGUCUGUUCUGCUGGUCUCACUACAGUACUCCCUGAUAUGGAACUUACGGAGUUUUAUGGGUGAUCUAGUGUCUAUAGCCUGGGGCUUCAUUUAC